GCGCGCUGCCAACACUGAAAAUGACGCGCUUGUCGUAAGUUUCUCAGAAACACCGACUAUUCCACUGUUCCACGCCCACCUCUUUCCCUCUCACACUGCUACUCACUACCUGACAAAAAAAAAACAGGGGAUACACGUUAGCGAGAAGCCAUACCGACAGCUUGGUGUGUCGUUUUAAACGGAUACCUUUUUCAGAGAUUGUGAGAACUUGGAAAGGAUGCUGGAGUCUGUGUGGCAUGUGGGAUUUCUCUCUAAAGCGUGCGCGGCGGCUACUUUCAUCUGCGGGCUGUACAUAACCAUAACAAUAUUCUUAACUUCAGACUCUGAAACCAAUGAGUACUUAAACUACCAUCACAAGCAUUUGUUUUUAGAUUUAAACAAUUCACUGACAUUAAAUUUUACGAAAGGAAUAACCGCACUAGACCUGUUACAAUAUUACAGCGAUGAAACAGCAGACAAAAGUGAACUCAUAUUUACGCACAAAGCUCUAGAGCCAUGUCCCCAGACGUCUCCACUUUUAGUGGGUCCCAUGCAGGUUGAAUUUUCUCAACCCAUGACUUUGGAUCAGGUGCGUACGGAAAAUCCACAACUUGAUUUGGGCGGCCGUUAUGCACCGAGCAACUGUGUGGCCGUUCAAAAAGUGGCCAUAAUCAUCCCAUUCAGAAACAGAGAGGAACACCUAAAGUAUUGGCUCCACUAUCUCCAUCCUAUCCUACAGAGACAGCAAAUCGAUUAUGGGAUUUAUAUCAUACAACAGGACGGGCAGAGCACAUUCAACAGGGCGAAACUGCUGAAUGUGGGAUAUGCAGAAGCAGUAAAGGAAUACGAUUGGAACUGUUUCGUCUUCAGUGACGUAGACAUCGUCCCAAUGGAUGACCGCAAUACAUACAUGUGCUCCAGCCAGCCGCGCCACCUUUCAGUGUCCAUGGACAAAUUUGGUUUUAGAUUGCCGUAUUUGGAUUAUUUUGGGGGGGUGUCGGCAAUGAGCAAACAUCAGUUUUUAAAGAUCAAUGGCUUUCCCAAUGAAUACUGGGGCUGGGGAGGAGAGGAUGAUGACAUAUUUAACAGGCUUAAACUUCGAGGCAUGAAAAUAACAAGGCCGAGUGGAGACAUCGGUAAAUGUCGAAUGAUCCGUCACAAAAGAGACCAGAAAAAUGAGCCAAACCCACAAAGGUUUAAUAGAAUCACCAAGACAAAGACGACAAUAAACAAAGAUGGCAUCAAUAGCCUCAAGUACAAAGUCACACUAAUAGAAAAAGAGAUGCUAUACACCAAAAUCACAGUGGACAUAAGAUAGCCUUGAGACAUCUGUGGCUAAAUUGAGACUUUUAGUUUGCUUUCACUUUUCAGUGAAAGAGUACCACAGGGAUUAAAUACUUUACUUUUAAUAUAAAUAAUUCUAUAAAAUAUAACAUUUUAUAAAUGACAUAUAUUUUAUAUGAUAAGUGUCUCUAAUGUGGGAUUCAAGUCUGUUUGUUCUAUAGACUUUAUUACACGACUCGUUAGACUGCUUGAUUCUGAUUGGUUAAUCGCGACAUUUGCAGGUUCCUAAGGGAUAAUUCACAGGCAGCCGGUUAUCGCAGAAGUAAACCAGGAAAGUUUGAUCAAGAUCCGAAGCGGAGGUUUAUUACACUUCCACUUGCCACAUGAAAAAAAACUGCACAUGAAAUGUGAAUUUUAGUAGCUCGUUUUUCCCGAAACAGAUAGGAAAAGCCGUUUACUUUCAUUUUUAAGGUAAGAAGCGACGUUCAAAUGUCACGAACAGGAAAUUUGGUUUGAUCAUUUAUAAAUAUAAUGUCACGUAAUUGAAAGAAACAUGUAGAUUUAAUUUGUCAAAUAAACCUGUCAAAACGAUUAUCUGCAUCUGGGUUACCGUGUGUUAUUAGUUUUGAGGGGUUGUAAUCUGGGAAUUACGAUCCUGCAAAUGUCGUGAUGCCGGCCAAUCAGAAUCAAGCAUUCCUACGAGUAGUGUAAUAAUAAUUAUUAAUUGAAAUUCAGAUAUUAUACUGUACGCUUAUAAACCUUUGAUAUGAGUAAUCCAGUCUGACACAUAUUUUGGUUUAUAUAUACAAUGUGCAUCUGUAUCCACAAUUACACACAGCAUUAAAGUAUUGAGCAAAAAUCGACCUUUUGUCGAUCUUUAAUAUUUGUAACAUGGACAUAGAUUGUUGUAUAGUGUUACGUGUUACUUUUUUAUAGAAUAUCAUUUUGAUUGGUGGAGGAACACUUUUCACUUUAGAUAUCCAAGAUACUUCACACUACAGAUUUAUACAUAUUGAUGGGAGAGUACUGUGUUUAUAGAAUUAAUAAAGAGACUUUUAAAAGG